AUGAAGGAAGUUCAAACUCCUCAGAUUGAAGCUCAUUUGUCCGACCUCACAAAAGUAGUAAUGAUGUUGGCCAAAGACAAAGGUGUGCAGUCCGCACCCCGCCCAUGUGGUAUUUGCACUCAAGUGGGGCAUCCAACCGAUAUGUGUCCACAACUCCAAGAGGAAGACUACGAAGAAGCAAAAGUCAUGGGAGGCUAUUCCGGGCCAAAUCGGAGGGGUUAUGCACAACCACGAGGUGAUCAUAGAUGGAACAAUAAUCAGGGUUGGGGAGGAAACCAACAAGGAAACUAUCAGUCAAAUCAAUCACAUCAAUACCAGCAAAGGCCACCAUUUCCUCAAAAUCAACAAAGACCACCCUUCCAACCUCAAAAUCACCAGCCAAGGCAGCCACAACACCCUCCUCAACAAGCAGGUUCAUCAAGUAUGUCCUUAGAGGACAUAGUGAAAAGCCUUGCCACAAGCACUCAAAGCUUCCAACAAGAAACCAAGGCAAGCAUAAAAAGCUUGGAGCAACAAGUGUCACAACUUGCUCAAUCCGUAAGUAAGAUGGAGUCACAAGGCAAGUUACCAUCUCAAACGGAGAAGAACCCGAAACACAAUGCUUGUGCCAUUACUUUAAGAGGUGGAAAAAGCUAUGAAGGUCCAAAGAUGCCGAAUGAAGAAGAGGAAGAGAAAGAGAUCGAGGUGGAAGAAGCUAUCAAAGAAGAGGAAAGGAAAAGUACUUCCAAGUCAAAGAAGCCCAUAGAGACAGAAGUGAAAGUCACACCAGCUCCAUUUCCUUCAAGGUUGGCAAGCACCAAAAGAGAGCGGGAAGAUGAUGAAAUCAUGGCCAUGUUUCGAAAGGUUGAAAUCAAUAUCCCUCUUUUAGAUGAUAUUACACAGAUUCCUAGAUAUGCUAAGUUCCUCAAGGAACUUUGCACAUCUAAGAAAAAGCUUAAAGGAAAUCAAACUGUGAAAGUUGGUGAAAAUGUCUCAGCCGUGUUACAAAAGCGGCUACCAAAAAAUGCAAGGACCCGGGUGUUUUCACGGUUCCUUGUAAAAUGGGUAACCUUUUUGGACCACGUGCCAUGCUUGAUCUUGGAGCGUCAAUAA